GCGGCGCCCGGGAUGGCGACCCCCAGGAAGGCGGAGGCGCCGCCCACGAGCCAGGCGACGCCGGAGCGGGACAGGCUUCCAUGUGCUGAAAAAGCCUUUUUUGACCUAUGUGAUACUUUGCAUGUGACAGAUAGUGUGCGAGUAACUGCUUGGAAGACUUACGAAAAAGUGUCUCUGGAUGGAGUUGUAGAGGGCCAUCUUAAAAAAGAAUGGUGGGGGAUCUGUAUUUUUACAGCAGCUAUUGACCUGGAUGAGGUGACAUUCACUUUUACAGAGCUUCUGAAAUGCCUAGGUAUUAGCGUUUGCAAAUUUGUGUACAUGAUUAAAGAAAUGGAUGUCAACAUGGACACCAUUAGUACUAAAGUGGAAAGUACUGUAUCACACCUGAAGAAAAAAUAUGAUGUCCUGCUUGCACUAUACCACAAGUUGGAAAGAACCUGUGGACUUAUCUAUGUUGAGCAUCCUGAUGAUCAAACUGAACUAAGUUCUUCACUAGUUCUAAAACUAUGCUGGAUCAUGUUUCUUUUGGCAAAAGGAAAAAUACUACAGAUGGAAGAAGAUUUGGUUAUUUCCUUCCAGUUGCUGCUUUGUGUCCUUGAUUAUUUUAUCAAACUGGUGCCCUCGGCAGUCCUCAACGAACCAUACAAAUCCCUGAGUGCAAUGUCGAUUAAUAGCUCAGCUCGAACUUACAGGCGAACUCAGAACAGGAGUAUACGUACUUCAAAAACAGAUACAGAAAUAAAGGUUAUCGAAGAGCUUUGUAAAGAACAUGAUUGUAAUUUGGAUGAGGUGAAAAAUGUUUACUUUACUAGUUUUAUUCCAUUCCUGAACUCUUUGGGUAUUACACCUUCCAGUGGACUUCCAGAGGUUGAGAAUAUGUCGAGCAAAUAUGAAGAAAUGUAUCUGAAAAACAAGGAUAUUGAUGCCAGAUUAUUUUUAGAGAAAGAUGAAACUUUGCAAUAUGAUCACACUGAAUGUUUACAGUUGGAGAGAACCCCAAGCAAGAAUAACCCAGGUUAUGAUCCUUCUGUUGUAUUUCCGCAGACCCCGGUUCGUGCUGCGAUGAAUACUAUCCAACAGUUAAUGAUGAUUUUAAACUCUGCAAGUGAUAAACCAUCAGAUAACCUUAUCUCAUAUUUUAACAACUGCACUGCAAAUCCUAUGCAAAGUAUAUUGGAAAGAACAGAAAACCUGAGCCAUGUCUUCAGAGAGAAAUUUGCUGAAGCAGUUGGGCAAGGAUGUGCUGAAAUCGGAUCCCAGAGGUAUAGGCUUGGAGUACGGUUAUACUACAGGGUGAUGGAAGCCAUCUUAAAGUCGGAAGAAAAACGCCUAUCAAUUCAUAAUUUUAGCAAACUUUUGAAUAACAACAUUUUUCAUACAUCUCUGUUGGCCUGUGCUCUUGAAGUUGUCAUAGCUACUUACGGCACCUCAAGGAAUGCUUCACAAAGUGAAAGUAUGAAUAUGGAAACAGAUUUGUCUUUCCCAUGGAUUAUCAACAUAUUUGACUUAAAAGCCUUUCACUUAUACAAGGUUAUUGAAAGCUUCAUUAAAGCAGAACCAAACUUGACAAGAGAGAUGAUAAAACACCUGGAAUGCUGUGAACAUCGUAUAAUGGAAUCCCUGGCAUGGCAAUCAGAUUCACCAUUAUUUGAGCUUAUAAAGCAGUCUAAGGAGCAAGGUGGGCAGCCAGACCAACCUGAAACUCCCAACUGUUUCACUCAGCCUCUUCAGCAUAACCACACUGCUGCAGACCUAUACCUGUCCCCAACAAAAUCUCCCAAGAAAAAGGUUUCUUCCGCUUCAGUAUAUCCUCCUCCAGAUGGUCAGCACGCAUUGGCAAACCAUCCUCAAAAACCUUAUAAAUCUACUUCUCUCUCGUUGUUCUACAAAAAAGUGCAUUGGCUGGCUUAUAUGCGAUUGAAAAACUUAUGUUCGCGUCUUCUGUCUGAGCACCCUGAACUUGAACAUUUGAUCUGGACACUCUUUCAUCACACACUGCAAAAUGAAUAUGAACUUAUGAAAGACCGGCACUUAGACCAGAUAAUGAUGUGCUCCAUGUAUGGCAUCUGCAAGGUGAAGAACAUUGAUCUCAGGUUUAAAACUAUUGUGACAGCAUAUAAAGAACUCACUAAUGCAAAUCAAGAGACUUUCAAGUGUGUUUUGGUUGGGGAAGGAAGAUAUGAUUCCAUUAUAGUCUUCUACAACUCAAUAUUCAUGCAGAAGCUGAAAACUAACAUUUUGCAAUAUGCUUCCAAUAAGCCUCCAGCAUUAUCGUCCCUGCCACACCUUCCUCACAGCCCUUACAAGUUUUCUCAUUCCCCUUUGCGUGUCCCUGCGGGAAACAACAUUUAUAUCUCACCUUUGAAGAGUCCCUACAAAUUCUCUGAGGGGCUGUUGUCACCCACUAAAAUGACACCCAGGUCAAAAAUAUUGGUCUCAAUAGGAGAAUCCUUUGGGACUUCUGAAAAGUUUCAGAAGAUAAACCAGAUGGUGUGCAACAGAGAUAAUAAUCUAAAACGCCAUGCUGAAGUGAGCACAGCGCCCAAACCUCUGAAGAGGCUGCACUUUGAUAUCGGACAAGAUGAAGCAGAUGGAAGGGAACACCUCUCUGGAGAUUCCAAGUUCCAACAAAAGCUUGCAGAAAUGACAUCUACGCGAACCAGAAUACAAAACCAGAAACUGAAUGAUGGAGCUGAUACUUCAACCACUGAUCAAAAGUGAACUUCCACAUUAUGUGAAUUGUGUGUUUUGCUGUAUCUUUAUUGUCUACAUUAUCUUGUCAUUUGCUAAUUUGAAAUAGUUGGGCUUUAUAGCCAUUGUUUUAUAGCAGUAUGCAAUAUUAGCUACUUAAUUGCCAUAUAUAUGGGUUUUUUAAGUAAAAAUUUCUUUGCUUCCAAAUGCAGCAUUGGUGGUUUAAUACUCUUUCGCUUUAUUUAUACAAAUUCCUUAGAGCAAAGGCACCUGAGAUUUAAGUAGACAGUCAAAAUGCACUUGUGUUUUAUGAAAUGCUAUUUCAGUUUUAGACUUGCAUGCACUAUUUACCUAUUUAUGCAUUAGAAACAAACAAGCGAACAAAAAAGCAGUUCGUACAUAAUUUAAUUACACAUGCAAGGACUAAGACCUACAAUGAUGUGUAUAACUUGAACAUGAGGUGUAGAAGCUGAUUGUACUUGAGUAGGACUGGAUCCAGCUCACUGUGCAGCCUUACUACUGAAACAAAGAUGCUGUACCUCAUUAAUAUUCCCACCUUCAUUCCUUUUGUCCUCAAGCACUUACUUGCUUUUUGUAAUCUGGUAGGCUUCUUGAAUUUUACUGAAACAUACUGAUAGGCAUAUUCACCAUUUUCUUUUCUACAGUACAAAAUACUAAAUGUGCUCUUUUCCAUCCAUAUAACAAAAAAAAGAUGUUAAAAGCUUUCAUGCAAAUAGGUGGUUGGAUUUUAAAGCUUAAAUAGGCUAUGAAAAUGAAACCCUGGGGUUUUAUUAGCAAUAAGUUUAAGAUUCUGGCUACUAAAGUUUAGCUAUCCUAUUAUAAUUAUUGAAGCAAAGGUGACUACUGUCCAUUGGAAGUAUUAUUCUUUAUACAGAUAAAUAUUACUGCUUCAAGGAUUAAUUUCACUUUUUCAUGUAAACAGGGAUAGUCUUCAUGUAAGCAGCAGUAUAUAGUUUUCCUUGUAGUUAUGACCUUGAGUUCUCAUAACCCUGCGCAUUUGAUUUUGGUCCUAGGAUGGCUUAGAGGUGAACUAUAAAAAUGGAUUUUUUUACUCA